AUGGCGCGCAGCCAGCUAUGCGGCGAACUCUCCCUUGCUCCUAACUGUCCAGCCAUCGUCGAAAAGAGACAAGACGACCAUGCGGACAUGUGGCCGAAUGAAGUCGAGACGGUCACUGCCACCUCAGUCGUAUGGACGGUCGAGGCCAUCACGAGCACUGUGACCACCCGCGUCUCUCAACCCAACACUUCCCAACCCGCCAGCACCGACAGCAAGACGUCCAGCUCUUCGAGUACAGCACGCUCUCGUAGCACUACACUUACUCAAACCUCCACAUCGGAACACCUUGGCCACUCCACCGAAACGACCUCCACCCAAUCUGCUUCAACCAAAUCAUCCUCCGCCAAAUCGUCCUCCGUCAAAUCGUCCUCUACCCAAGCGCCAACGAUGGCUACGUUAACCUACACCACCACCGUCUGGGUCGGUGAGACCACCACCACGGUCCUCGUGACCCGUUCCGCUACGGCCAACACCACAACGAUUCAGUCUGCAAGCCAGUCUGCAUCAUCGAGCAGCGGACGCGCUACGGUGUCGUAUGGGGAGUCGGGAGCAGGUACUAUCAAGCAUACCGGGGAGUGCACUGCGAUCUUUGUGCUGGGUGCCGUGGUGGCAUUAGCAGUUGGGAUCGGGGGAUUCUGGUUCUAAUAUGGACUUGUCUAGCGGACAUGGCUCGAAGAGUACACGUUUUAGCGGUGCAUUGCGCUAGGUGUUCGGAGGCGUAUAUAAGAGGCGAAACGGGGUUGCUCCGAUUACUUCCUUGAUAAUUCUCACUGGAUUAGGGUAGAGCGGGCUCCUUCCAGUUUCAAUUCUCUCGAUUUCCACUUACCAAGCUGAUUACCACUGUGUUCACCGCUUUUCCUACCUAUCGAUGUCUAUGAUCGUUUCCAGUUAAAGCAGGAGGAAAACUCUAUCC